AUGUUUGACAACACACAGUACCCCUAUAACUGCUUUAAUUACGAUGGGGAUGAUUAUCCUACCUGUAGUUCUGACGAAGAGAAAAAAUUCACCAGACCGGCGUAUAGCUACAUUGCCUUAAUUGCAAUGGCCAUCCAGCAAAGUCCUUCAAAUAAAGUCACCCUCUCUGGCAUUUAUGACUUUAUAAUGAAGAAAUUUCCUUACUACAGAUCAAAUCAAAGAGCCUGGCAGAACUCCAUCCGACAUAACUUAUCAUUAAACAGUUGUUUUGUGAAGGUUCCCAGAACAGAAGGGAAUGAGAAGGGGAAAGGAAACUAUUGGAGCUUUGCAACGGGAUGCGAAUCCAUGCUGGAUCUCUUUGAAAAUGGGAAUUACAGGAGAAGACGGAGGAGGAGGAACAUGAAAAGGGAACAUAAAGAGCAGAGAUCAAGCAGAGGGAAAGGUUCUUCAUCCCCUGAUAUGUCUCCUAUGGACUCUGCUUUUAACAGUAUUUCCUCUUCUGAAAGUAAACACGAAAGAAUUGGAUCAGGACCAAGACUACUGGAGCCUCGUGGGUUUGCUCCAAACAGCACGACCAGCAGGCAGAGCCUGAGCAAUUCCUCCUUAGCAAAAUCGGAUUCUGAAAUUAAAUUCAGCAUCGAUUACAUUCUUUCAGCCCCUGACCCUUUGCCUGUCCUGAGAUCUCAGUACAAUAUGCAAGAAAAUAAAUACCAUCUACUGGAGGCCCAGCAGAUUAAUCUCCAGUUCUGGACAAUGUGA